AUGGCGGACCGGGUCGUAGAGUUGGAGAUGACCGUAGCGCCGACACCUUCGUCAUCCUCGCUUCCGGGCACCUCUGCUCAAGAGUAUGGGCUUCAUGAGCCGACAUCAAGAGAUGGGCGGGAGCUUGAUUUCCUGGGCCUGCCUCUGGAAACUCAACAUACCAUUUUCCGCUACUGUUCAAAGGCCGACCUGGUGACGCUAUGCGUCGUCUCGAAACGGUUUCACGAGCUCGCUGCUGCCGAAUUAUACCGCUUCUUUGCCGCGAAGCUAGGUGACACCAACAUCUUGUAUCGCGGUUCCCGAUUUGCGCUUUCGGGCAUACUCGAUACCCUGACCACGAGCGAGUACAACUACGCUCAAUUUCUGAGGCACUUUACGAUUGAUAGCCAGUAUCUCGGCGACAAGGCUCGGCCUGCCUGUCAGCCCUUUUCCUACUCGACGAGCUCUGGGAGAUUUCUCAACACCCUUUUGCACCUGACCCUUCGCGAGGCUCAAGGGCUAGAGUCGUUCAACACGACGAACGACCCUCCGACCUUGUCCGCCUUCAAAAACUUGCGACGGCUCACAAUUCUGGACAUUGAAACCCUCGAUCUGCUCCCCGAUAUCAGGGCUGCCAUUGAAGCAUCCGAAGCGACGCUAACGCACCUAGGCCUCUCAUUUUCGUCCACACUUGCGAAGAAGGCGAGAGAGACCAACCCAGACCCCGAUUCGGACGCCUCUGAUCUGGAUGACGAGUUUCACAAUGGGUCGAGCUUCGAUGCCAACGGGCCCGUCCGGCCUGCUCGCGCGCAAAAGGAGUGGGACGUUCAAGAGACGACCCUAGCCCGUCUUUUUGGUCUCCGCAAAUGCACCACCGCCCAGAGCUCUUCCAAGAAGGGAAAGAAGAAGAAGAGAAACUCGGACUCCACCACGAGCGAUAUCCUCGGCGAGGACGAGAGCGAUCAAGAUCCCGACGCCGAAAACGACAACAGCCCCAGUACCAAGAACAACCGCGAACUCGAAAAGCUGAUUGAUGCGCUGAAGCUCGCCUCAGGAAAGGUCCUCAACAGCGCAACGGAGGCGAGGUACCUGUCUGGGCAGCACGACGACAUCCUCGAUAUCAUUGGCAAAGCAGUGGGUAAAUUUGUCGAGGAAGACUCCCGCAAGAAGUCUCAGGACGGCGUGGAAGCGGCCGGCUCCUCAUCGGCCGCGCAGAACGAUGGCGUCACUGGAAGAGGCGAGUCCGCGCCCCGCAAGCCCAGCAGUAUCUCUGGUCUAGACGACAUUGACAUCGCCGAUUCCGGGGACGUUGAAUCACUGUGCGAUGCCGAUGACGAAAAGGACGAGGACGUAGAGGCCUCGGGCCGAGCAGUCGCUGCUGAGCCGGGAAGCGCAGGAAACGCAGGAACUGCAGGAAACGCGGCACACACCAGCCUCUUUACCGGGCCAGCUGCGGCGCCAGCCCAUGGGCGGAACAAGGCUAGUAGCCCUUGCGGAGCGACGGACCGCGCCUCUUUGGUGGGGGAGCACCUCGAAGAACAGAAAUUAAACCUCAUCAGCUCCUAUGUCAAGUCCACCAGAGGCCUCGGCCUGAGGUCAUUUUCCCUCCACCUCGUUCCCCUAAAGACAUCGGUCAUUGGCCAGGCGCUCGACCUACAUAUGCUCCGCAGCCUCACAUUGCUCAACGUCGGGAACCAAGCGCCGCUAUGGACCUUGCUCUCCAAGGAGAACAAGACCAAACCGCUCGCCCUGCGGGAAGUCUUUACCGACCACGUCACGGCUCCUUUUGUCAGCUGCAUGGCGGAGCUCGAGGAGCUGCACGCCCUCUUCAUGAUUGAGCGGUCCAGCAAGUAUCGACCCGCGACUUUUGUUCACAGCUCCAAGGUCCUCCUGCGCGCGAUUCGAAAACAGAUUCUAGAGAAGCACCUGCCGACGCUGAAGCGCCUGAUGAUUCGAAACGAUAACCGGCCGUUCUGGGACCUGGAUCACACCACCGUAGUGACUGUUUGCGGACUGGGGGCAAACCUCGAAGAGUUUUCGGCAUCGCUUCGGAUACAGAACGUGCUCGAGUUUAUCGCCAUUGAGGACCGCGUGACCGUCAUCAUCAGGGCCCCUGUGAAGAGGCCGGAGAUGGGAGCCGAGGCUCGGGCUGGCGGCAAGCAGGACAUCAAGGGCAAGGCCAAGGCGGUCAAUUACGACUCGUCUUCGGACAGCGGCUGGUCGACGAGCUCCACCUCAUUUUCGGAGAGCUCCUACGAGAGCGCGGCCAAUGCCAAAAUGGAGGCUUUGCUGCGGAAUGACGUGCCCAUCAGGCUCAAGACGCGAAACGUCACGAUUGAGUCAGUCCACGGAGUCAAGAUCUUUGAGAAGGAGGUUAGAGCAGGGGAGUUGUAG